AAGGAGAACCUGAGACCUUCAAUGAAGUGUUGGAUCUUGUUGGUUGCUGUUAUUUUACUUCUCCUCACGCAGCAGUGACCAGAGCAGAUAGCGUGACCAGUGCAUUGCACACAUGCUUUUACAGUCCGUAUCUCUGCAUGAGAGUUCUAGUCCUAGACAGUGACAACCGCCACGUGUAGAAUCAAGACUGCACGUUCUAACCGUGCCACUGACCUUGUCAUUAUCCGUACGCCAGUUCCGGUAUACAUUAUUUUUCACUGUUGACUGCAACAAUCAAAAUGUCGCAACCGCCCUCAAAGAAGGUGUCGACAUCGCCCACAAAGUGGAGGCCAUAUGGUCCGCACCGAAGGCAAGAGCUGCAACGGCAAGAACAACAACUACGACAGCAGCAGCAGCAUCUACAACAGCAGGAGCAGCAGCAGCUGCAGCAGCUGCAGCAGGAGCAGGAGGAGCAGCAGCAGCAGCUGCGGCAGCAGCAUUAUCAGCAGGAGCUACAGCUGCAGCAGCAGCAGCAGGAGGAGAAGCAGCAGCUGCUGGAGCUGCUGGAGCAGCAGAUGCAGCAGCUGCGGGAACAGCAUCAGCAAUCGCCACAGCAGCAGCUGCUGCAGCUGCUGCAGCAGCAGCAGCAACCGCUACAUCAGCACCUGCAGCACCAGCAGCUGCUGCAGCAACUACAACAGCAGGAUCAGCAGGGGCAGCAGCAGCUGGGGCAGCUGGGGCAGCAGCAGCAUGAGCAGCAGCUUCAGCUGCAGCAGCAGCAGCUGCAGGAGCAGCAGGAGCAGCAGCAGCUGCAGCUGGAGGAGCAGCUGCAGCUGCAGCAGCAGCAGCAGCAACCGCAGCAGCAGCCGCCACAGCAGGAGCAGAGGAACAGGAGACUUUGGCAAAUACCGAUGUGGAUUUGCUCAGGAUGCCAGACCAAAAACAUCGAGGUCCAAGGGGAGUCGGUGUGCAGAAAUUGUGAAGAGUGUAGGUAUGCUUCACCUUUGUCUACGCAUGCGUCUACGUCUACACCCGCAUUACCAACGGUAGCAUCUACACAAACAAGCGAAGGAAUGAAUACCCUGCCGUCGUUGGAAAGUAUGGUCAGCACUUUCCAGUCGAAUCUGGCCACUUUGAACGAGAGCAGCAACGUCGUUGAAGUUGACUGGCCGUGCUUGAUAUGCAUGAAUAUGAAUCGUGCCACCCUUCCGCAGUGUUACGUGUGCUACGCCCCCCGGCGGCGGUCUUGAUUUGGACGUGCAUGGUACUAUACUCUUUAGGAUUCAACGGUUCUCUUGUUCUAUGUAAAAAGAAAUAGAGACAUAUUUUCUUAAGGCGCCUUUUAGUGUUCGCCUCGUUUCCUAAGCUAUCUUGGCAGAGCAUCGGGAAUUUAUGCUGUUUGCAAAUCUCAUGUCCAGCCUGCAAAGUAU